AUGAAUAACUCUAUGCAAGGGAACAACAAAAAUAAUGAAGAUGCAUUACUGCAAAUGUUUUUUGAUCCAGAUUUCGUUCCCCAUGUAUAUCUAGAUAUCUUGCUUUCACCAGCUCAAUCACAAAACAGCACCAAAAAUACACCUUCUGUAGAAAAAUUAAAAGAAUUACAACCUUUGGCAAAUAAUUUGCUUUCCAAGUUUGAUUAUUAUGCAGAGACCUUGACUUCUGAAUUGGGAACUUGCGUUAAACAGUUAGAAGAACCUAUUGAAGAAAUAUAUGUAUCGGGUUCGAAGAAGACUAAAUUGGAGUUCUAUAUUGAUACUUUAUCCAAUUCGCUCAGUUCAUUAGAAAAUGACCUUAAUAAAAUGGGCAAUCAAAUAGCUAUACUAAAUAAGGCGUAUGGAACAAAUAAUUCAAACGAUGAUGCUAUCCACGAGCAAAUAAGAUUGAAGAUAAUAAAAUUGAAUACAAUUAAAAAAAGAGUUACCACAGUUCACAAAUGUUUCCAAAAAUUAAAUGAUAUUAUACAAGCAGAAAACAAACAAAGUGUAAGUAUAAGUGAAUUUAAGAGCAGUUUAUUAGAGCUACAAGAUAAUUUAGUUACCUCUUUAAGAGAUAAGACUACUGUGAGUGGAAGUGUUGCUGUUGAUGAAAACAAAGAAUUCAUAGAAGAAAUUAAAUUUUUAAUUGAUUUAAAGACAGUUUUCAAAAAUGUUGAUAAGUUUUACCCUAUCUAUAGUGAUUUUGCAAAAACUUUAAAAAAUGAGUUAAAUAAUAGCAAAAGUGUAUUAAACGAAAAUUAG